AUGCUGCACCUGUUGCUGUUUGAUAGUGAACGAAGGAGCAAUAAGCUUUGACGUUAAAUCUUUGUUUUGUUUAAAAAACCGCCUUCAAUUGACACUUUAAAAAAAUUCUCCAAACAAUCGUUAAAGAAGAGUUCAAUGGAGAAGACGGCGCAGGUGGGAAAGGUGACCGGAGAUGACCGCCCUGAGACGGCCGAGCAGGGGCCAGCUGAAGGCGAAAGAAGCAGCUCGCAGUUCGGCCACUCGUCCGAAGAACCACCGCUGCCUCUGGAUCAGUUUAAACGCAACAAGUUCUUCGUCCUAAGGCCUGGCACGCUGCACGAAGCCGUCAAGGAGGUGAAAUCUCUGGUGGAUAAACAAGUCGACGGCAACAUUCUCGGCGUGUGGCUGCUGGCAGAGGUGGAUCACUGGAACAACGAGAAGGAGCGUCUUGCAAUCAUCACAGACAACUUCCUGUUGCUCUUCAAGUAUGACUUCAUCAUUUUUAAAUGUGAGCAGAUCCAGAAGAUCCCGCUCAACAUCGUGGACCGAAUCUGCUACGGCACCUUUACCUUCCCCGUGAAGUACCUACUGCAACGUGAAGGCGAAGGCUUGCGUGUCUUCUGGGAUCGGCUGAGGGAGCCAUCCUUCACCUCCUGGUGGAACCCCUUUGCCACCGACCUGCCCUACGUCACCUUCACCUCCCACCCUGUGAGGCACCUCAACGACACCUUCGCUUCUAUCUGCAAUAGGUUCCACUCUGUGUGUCGUCGUCUUCAAGGUCUCCUGCAGUCAGACCAAGUGGAGGAAGAGAUUCAGAACUUCCGUGAGGAGCUCAAAGAAGCAGCUCAGAAAGCCCACAAGGUGAAGCCGGUCCCCGGGAAGGCCAAUGGUGUUCUGGUCCUGAACCAGUGCAUCUACAUCGAAGCCUACGUGGGCCUCAUGUCUUUCUUGGGGAACACCAACAAGCUGGGCUACAGCCUAGCCAGAGGAAACCUCGGCUUUUAGGAGGCUUUCACACAAAGGCAUCUUUUUAAUGGAACUCUGGGUGUUCUGGCUUGGUGCGGUUCAUUUGGUCUGCUGUGAACACAGUAACCCAACUUGGAUGUGGACCAAAUCAACUGGUGGUCUCUCGUUUAACCCUUUACUGUUUUCCUACGCUACAAGAAUUAAGUAGUGUCAUCUUGGAUGUGCUACAAUUGGGAUUAAUAAAGUACUACUACUACUACUACUACUACUACUACUACUACAAGCUCUUAAAAAUGGUGUGAUUUCCUCCAAUGAGUGCACGGGAACAUUCUCAUUCAGCUCUGCACUUGAAUGCAUGAGUGAUCCCUCGCUGCUUGCGUUCUGCUUUUACUAUUUGCUCCUCACUGAUAUGCUAAUUCCUUCCUCUCACAAGGGGACGCCUUUCUUCCUCCCUCUGUGUUCUGUAUAGCUGCUUGAGAUGCACGUUUGUUACUGUUUAUGUACUUUGUUGGGGUGUUUUUACAGCGUUCAUUCACUGGUGAUGGCGCUAUUUUUGUUAAGCUUUUAUAUUUGCUCUUGUCUGCUUUUUGUGUUUUGUUAAAGUUCAGUGUUUGUCUCUGUGUUGUGUUUGAGUAUUAAGCACUCCCAUAAAUUAUUUAAAAACUUAAUAUUGUUCCGUUAACACAGACUAGCUGGAGAACUAGUUGUAGUUUUAGUUUUACAUGCAGAAAACAAUUCAAAAUACACAUAAAUGACCAAUAAUGACAAAUGAACAUUUAAGGUUACUUUUGCCUUCAUGGAAGACUUGAGACAAAGGCUACAGUCACAUUGCAGGACAAUCCGAUUUUUUUUUGUUCGUAUGUGACUUGUAUCAGAUUUUUUUCAUGUCAGUUUGAACAGUACAAUUCCGAUUUUUCACAUGCAAACUCGGGCGUAGUUUGUAUGUAGAUAUAAAUUUGAUGUAUCCGAUCUACUGCACUCUGAAUGGUCAGGUUGAAUACUGUAUAUCCGACCUACUGUAUAUGUCAUCGAAAGGCAUGGUUUACCGUGCGAGACUUAAAGAGGUUAAAAGUGCUCACGGAUGUAGGCAAAAGCGGCUCACGGCAAUGUCCUACCACUCCGGAUUGUGGUCGACCAAUUAACCGCCAUAAACAAGGGAGUACUGUGUGUUUUAGAUCUGUCUUUUUCUAGCAUUCAGAUGAUCUGUUGGCAACAAUCCUUUGUACAGGAAAGCAGCAGUUUAUAAAAAAAUAAAAGAUACCUUUUCUGACAAUUUGAUCUAUGAUGCUUUACUUGAAAUGCUUGUUUCCCCUUAUGAAAACACAACAAAAUUAGGACUCUUUGUACUGAAUUAAUUUAUUUUCAAAUGUAUAGAUGAGCAGGAACAUCAAAGGUAAGACUUUAACCGGGGUAAAAUAGAGUUCCGUGCCUGCAGUAGUGUCCUGAUUGACAAAUUCAAUUGAAUGUAGACAAACUAAAGCUGCAGUAAUAGUCUCUCUCAAGGCAUUCUUAGCAGGAAACGAGGUUAAGUAGCGAGUGUCGUCCAGCUGCAAUUCCACCAGGCAAAGUAAAAGGUAAAGUUCAGCACAUUCAGUAUCACGUAUCAUAACCUGAGGGCUUAGAAGGGGUUAACGUGUUUCCUCCCAAAGUGAGGACGUGUCUCUAAUCUGGGAUCAAGCACUGCUCUGGCCUGGAGCGAAGCACCUCGUCCAUAUUUCUGCUCCCCGAGUUGUAAAAGAUGUUCAGAACGCAGGAUUAACUGCGCCCAUAAACAUUGGUGCCUUAUACAAGUACUCCCUCAAGAAAUGUUCUCCUCUCACAGUUGGCUCAACAAACUGUGAACGGUGUCAUGGUUAAAUCCUAUUAUAUUUCUUUUUCCUUCAAAAGACGUCAUUUAGUAGUUGGAUUGUCCUGAUGGUUAACUUGACAAUCAUUUAUAUCAGGGGUGUCCAAACCUUUUCCAGCCAGGGCCACAUAGUGAAAAAUGAAAGGAUGCAACUUUGCCAUUUUGAUAUUUUGUAAAGCAACACAAGUAGAUAUGCUAAGAAGUUAGAUAUAUUUCAAGAAAAAACUGCAUCCCAGCUUUGUGACAUAGGAGGAAAAAGCUAAUUCUUAGUAUCAACUUUGGUCUUUGCUCUAAUUAAUGCUUUAAUAUUUCAACUCUGCUACUAAAAUGACAUUAUUUUUCGUCAUAUUACAAGUGUAUUCUCGUAAAACUGCAACUUUUUUCUCGUUAGAAUAACUUUUUCUCUUAAUAUUUUGUCUUUAUUAUCAUAAAAGUGCCGCUGUUUUUUUCAUUUCUGCAGUUUUUUUUAUUUUGC